AUGGAAUUCGAUUAUGUUGUCAAAAACGUUGGGGAGUUCGGGAGGAUUCAGUUAAUAAUGACAAUAUUUUUUGGACUCACUACAGCAUCGGUAGCCCUACAGAUGAUCGUGACAGUAUUCAUGCAACAAACACCAGAACACAGGUGUGCCAUUCCAAGCCUGGCAAAUGACACCUUCGAAAUCCAGGGUCCCUGGCACCAAUGUCUUAUCAACCAAACCAUUCCUGUAGACGAGAAUGGGGAGUAUGAGGGAUGUCUGUGGCGUAGUGGAAAUUACUCCAAAAAUGAAAGUGUGUGGCCGUGCAAAGACUGGGUUUAUGAUACAGCUGUAUUCCCGAGAACGUUUCCUACGGAAUUUGAUCUACUUUGUGACAGUUCCUUGCUUAUUAACAUGGCGAACGUGGUCUAUCUGGUAGGAGUGGCUGUGGGGGCAGCUGGCGGGGGCCUGGUAGCAGACUACACUGGUCGUAAGUUGGUUUCAUUUAUCGCCUGCUUUAUCCACGGGAUAGCAGGGAUAGGGGCUGCAUUUUCACCUAACUACGGGGCUUAUGUCGCAUUCCGGUGCUUUGUUGGCAUCUGCCACGGCGUCUUGAACAAUACUGUCAUUGUCCUUUGUAUGGAGUUUGUGUCGCCAAGAAAACGUAUAAUAUCCCUAUGCACGGCAGCUUUUUCAUGGGGGACAGGUAUUCUCCUGGGAACUCUGGAAGCUUAUCUUAUACGGGACUGGAGAUAUUUGCAGUUAGCUGUUGCCUUGCCAUCAGUUCUUUACCUACUAUUCUGGUGGAUAACCCCGGAAUCCCCUCGCUGGCUCAUCUCAAGGGGUAAAUACGCGGAAGCCGAAAGCGUGAUGCGAUGGGUGGCUAAAGUAAAUAAUACCUCGCUGCCCGAGGGACGGCUGUUUGACGAUCAUUCUUUGCGAAGCACACCAACUAUUAGUCCUCGACAACUCCGUAACGCACCAAGACUUAUCGCGAGGACGGUGGUUAUAUCAUUUGGCUGGCUAACAGUUGGUGUGUCAUGGUACGGCCUCACGUUGAAUCAAGGUUCCUUAGACGGUGACAUCUUUAUCAAUGCUUUCGUUUUGGCUCUUAUCGAUUUUAUAUCCGCCUUCGCAUUGCUGAUCAUCAAUAGAAUUGGAAGGAAAACGACGUACUGUGUAGCCAUGAUGCUAUCUGCAUUGGCUAUGUUGUCGACUAUACUGAUGCAUUUCUUUGCAAACAAAGAGAGUUCAGCUACCAGUGCCACCUUUACAGCUUUGUACACAAUUGGAAAACUUGGCGUUAGUUGUUGCUACACCCUUCUUUUCAUGUGGAAUGGAGAGUUCUAUCCAACAGCCUUGCGAAACUUCGGGCUUGGUAUAGGAUAUGCAUUUGGUAGUCUAGGGGCUGUGAUUUCCCCAAUUGUGAUGGUAUGA